AUGGUGUUAUCGAGAAAUCUGAGCCGCUCGCUGCGCGCGCGAGAAGAGGAGUCGGACGACGAGCCGUACUCGGACGAGCUCGAAGGCAGCUCGCCCUCUGUGCUAGCAACCGGCGAUGGUGGAGAGAUUGAAAGUUCAGGAUCUGAGCCCGAUGCUGACCAGGAUGAGGACGUGGACGACGCUGAGUCAACCAACGGCGAGGACGUCCAAGCACAACUAAGCAAAGUUUCGUUCGGCGCGCUGGCAAAAGCCCAGGAUUCCCUCUCGAAGCACAAAGACACCGGCAGGAAGCGAAAGCGAGGCUCGGAUCAGACGGCGGAUCAGGAAGACAAAUUGCAGGCUCUGCGCGAGCGCUUGAGGGAGCUGAAGAAGUCCAAAGCGGGGGACGCCAACACCAAGAAACCUUCCAGGAAGGUUGAGGAACCAGAGUCCGACGACGACACCGAAUCAUCCAAUUCAGACCAGGAGGAUUCUGGCAAGAAGUCCAAAUCCCGCUCCUCUAAGCAUGCACCCGCGGUCAUGACCAGCAAGAAGCCAGUUAGUCGCAAGAGAGAAGUCCUUGCGUCCAAGAAACGUACCGCCCGCGACCCACGUUUCGAGGCGCUUUCCGGUUCCCUCGAUAGCAAUCAGCUCAAACACAACUACGCCUUCCUCGAUCAGUACCGUGACUCCGAGAUGGCCGAAUUGAAGGCAUCAAUUAAGAAGACGAAGAACGAGGAGGAUAAGAACAUUUUGAAGCGAAAGCUGUUGAGCAUGGAGAGCCAGAAAAAGGCCAAGGAUUCCAAGGAGCGACACGAAAAGGUUGUCCGAGAGCAUAAGAAGCAGGAGAGGGACGCAGUGAAGCAGGGGAAGACGCCUUACUUCUUAAAGAAGUCCGAGGUCAAACAACGUGCUCUUGUGGACCAGUUCUCCAACAUGAAGGGCAAACAGAGAGAAAGGCUCAUCGAGAGGAGGCGCAAGAAGGCUACCGCCAAGGAGAGGAAGAAUAUGCCCGACGCGAGAAGGACGGCAGAGUGA